AUGUUCUUGUCCUGGCAGGACUUUCGCGUCUGCCCCGCCCCACCCCACCCCGUGCUCGUCAGCGCGGCGCGGCGCGGCGCGGCGCGACGCGGUCGUCAUGAGACUCCGCGUGACGCGAGCGCCGCCGAUGGCCUCGGCCUCCGCACCCCCCUCCACUACCGCCGCCGCCAGCGCCCCGCGCGGCAGGUAUGCCGACUGGCGGCUCCGGACGGCGCGCGGCGCGGACGAGUGUUGGGGCGGGCGAGUGCCUCACCUGCGGGCGAACCGAGCCGACGCCGACCCGCGCACCUCCGCCCUCGCGCCUCGCGUGACCUCCGCCCGCCACCCUCAGCAGGCGGCCGCUGCUUCGCGCCCUUCGCACCAAAGGGCCCGCGCGCCGCGCCCUCAGGAUCUUCUGCCUCUCUCCAGCGACUCCGCGCCGCGCCGCCGUCGCCGCCGUUGUUGACGCGGGCACAGGACCGGCUGGAGGCGCCCGUGGCCAACGCGCGGCCCGUCGCCACCGGCGCAGCGGACCUGCUCAGCGCCUGCGCCUCCGCCUCCACCGCCGCCGCCGCCGCCGCCAGCGCCCCCGACGCCCAGGAGCUCGCGCGCCUCCUCGCCGGGCCGCACUUCCGGGCGCUGCUGGAGUCGCACGACCGCGUGGCGGAGAAGAGCUACGAGCGCGAGGCGCGGCUGCAGGAGAAGGCGCAGCAGGAGCCCCCGCCCGCCGCCGACCCCGCGGCCAACGGCAUGGCGGCCGACGCCAUCCGCAUGGUGGGGCUGCGCAAGAGCCCCAAGGAGCCACUGGGGCUGACGGUGCAGGUGGACGAGCACGGGCAGCUGGUGAUCGCGCGCGUGCUGGGCGGAGGCAUGAUCGACCGCCAGGGGCUGCUGCACGCCGGGGACGUGAUCCUGGAGGUGAACGGCACGCCCGUGUCCACGCCCGAGGAGCUGCAAACGCACAUCGCGCGCGCCACCGACUCCGUCACCCUCAAGAUCGGUCCGGGGUUCGAGGACACGCCCGCGCACGGCGCCGGCCAGGUAAAGCGGCUCCCGCGCGUCAUGGCCGACGGCACCAGCUUCGUGUGUUACAUGCGAGCUCUGUUUGACUAUAAUCCUCAUGAAGAUUCAUUAUUGCCAUGCAAAGAAAUUGGUCUUGGCUUCAAACAUGGGGAUAUUCUUCAAGUUGUUAACCAAAAGGAUCCAAAUUGGUGGCAAGCUAAGAUUGUAGGUUCUAAUGGGCCAGCUGGCCUAAUUCCUUCUCAAGAGCUGGAGGAGAGACGGCAAGCCUUCAUAUCGAAAAAGAAGAGGAAAACCAUGUAUCAAAGUAAAUCAAAUUCAGAAUUUGAUAAAGCCGAGCUGCUUCUGUAUGAAGAAGUGACUCGCAUGCCUCCGUUUAAGCGCCGAACUCUAGCUCUUAUUGGUUCACAAGGUGUUGGUCGGAGAACUCUGAAGAAUCGUCUGAUUAAUAGUGAUCCAGAGAAAUUUGGAGGAGUGGUUCCAUAUACCUCACGACCACCUCGUGUUUUGGAAGAAAAUGGUCGUGGAUAUUGGUUCAUUGAUCGUGAAUCAAUGGAAGAUGAUAUUCGUGAACACAGGUUCCUAGAAUAUGGUGAACACAAUGGCCAUUUAUAUGGCACUAAACUGGACAGCAUACGUGAUGUAAUACGUCAAGGAAAAAUGUGCGUUUUGGAUUGCAGCCCUGCAGCUUUGAAGAUUCUGCACAAUUCAUCAGAAUUUAUGCCAUAUGUCAUCUUCAUCGCUUCCCCUGGGAUGGAACAGUUGAAGCACCUCUAUGGAAUGGGAUCCUCGCGCAAUCUCACUUUUGAUCGAGCCAGUUCCAUCAGGUACAGCUCCCGUCGUGCUCGUACUUUGGAAAGUCUUGCAUCAUUGUAUGAGGAAGAAGAUUUGCGUCAGACAUUAGAAGAAAGUGCUGCUUUACAACGUGCAUAUCAAAAGUACAUUGACAUGACCAUUACAAAUGAAGAUUUUGAUGUCACCUUCAGAAAAGUUGUUGAAGCAUUAGAUGCUCUCAGCACAGAACAUCAGUGGGUUCCCGUCAAUUGGGUCUACUGACCUCUGGAACUGAGCUGUUAUUUUUUAUUUGAAAGUAUAGUUCAUUAUAAAGUUUAUUAUAAAGUUGUGUGGUGUGGAAAUGCAUUUUUUAAAGGUGAACUAUAAGUGUCAGAAAUGUUGUGCCUGAUCUUGGAGUGUCUAAGUUGUGCUAAUAGCACUCACGAUAAACACAAGAAGUAUGUUAAUGUUUUGUGUGUAGCACAGGGAGCAUUCGCAACAGUAUAUACCUGGCCUAGACAAGCUCCCACUGUUCAGUUUUCUAUAUACAUCUUUUUGUGCAAUUUCAUCAUACCAUGGUGUAAACAUUCUACCUACAAUAUUGAAAUAUUUACUGCACACGAUUAACGUUUGGUGGUGCUGUUGCCUCUACCUUGUGUAGUGAUUUUUUAAGCAUCCUGUCCCUCAAAAUUGCAUCCUAUUUCCCCUGCAAUAUACGUGCUCACUUUCACAGGUCAGUAUUAGUGUCCAUGGUAUCAAUUGUGAAAUCAAUUUGUUGUGUGGUGUUAGUUUUACGUGUGGAAAGAGAACUGGAGAUAAUUCAUUCUAACCGUCCAAGUGUUCAGGGAUCCUAUUAUGUACGAGUGAUUUUGUAAGUAAAUAGAGUGUUUGUAUUGAUUGUAUAGUUGUGGCUCGAAAAUGUAUUCCAGUUCAGUGCCAGUGAUACCAGAAUUCUUCAUUUUGGUAAAAAAUAUAUAUAAUGGAUUAUUUGUUAAUAUUACUUUAAUUCAUUUUCUGAAUAACAUUAAUUUUAUAACUGCCUGACUAAUAAAAAGUUGAAAAAUGAAAUAAAAAUGAAAAGAGAUACCUGAAGAAACAUUAAAAAAAAUAUAGUGAAAUUUAUUUUGAACCAAUACUGAUACAUUGUUUUAUUAACAGAUGAUGAUUGAUAUUUGACACAGAAAUAGAAUUCAAAUAAACUAUCAAAAAUCCUUAUUAACCAUGAUUUUACAUUAAUUACAACAAUUUAAUUUCAAAUUCAAAAGAUGUUGUGUAAUUAUAGAUAUAAAAGGCAAUCGGUCAGAAUUAUGCUUGAUGUUUAGUUGGUCGCAAAAGAGUACUUUUCUCUUCUUCUUUUUUUUCUUUUCUUCCAACUUCCCUUGUUUUGUAGUAAACACACAAGUUUUAUGAAAUAACAAAAUCUCAUUAAAAAUAACCAUUUUGAAAAGAAGAAAACACUUUAUUUUGACGUGAUUCUGUAGCAGAAACAUUGGUUAAGUCUGACAGAUUUUCACUAAUUAUGAGUAAUUUUAAAAUCCAUUAAUAAUUAAUUGUUAAAUUAUAUACUGGGGAACAACUAUAAAGUAAAUUGUUUUGUUGAAAAAUUGGGAUUUUAAUUACUUAAGAAAUUUUCUUGAUUUUUAAUUAUUGCUUUGCUUUUUUAUUACAGUUCAGUUGUGCAUUUCUUUCCUGAAAAUUUUGUUUUUUUAUUUUGAAAUGGCUAUAAUUUAUGAAGACUGAAUUAUAUGCAAGAUUGUUUUCUGAAGAGAAAUGCAUUAAUGAGCAGUAUUUUUUUCUUUUCUUCUAAAACAUGUUUGGGAAAUGCAGAUGUAUGUUACAUUACAUGGUAAUUUACAGAAACAUACAUUUGGAAUACCUAUUAGAGCCAUGUAUUAUUUAUUUCUGAAAACUUUAUUCACAUUUCAAUCAUUUUUUUUUUAUAAUCAUUAAUUUCUGAACCCAAAAUCUUACGUUUAUUAAGUUUGAAAAUACAUUGUUAUUAUUACUAGAAUUAAAAUUUUUCUCCACUCAAAUAAUAUGUACAAAAUAUGCUUAUGAAUUUCAUGCAGAGGUGGCAGAGAAUUUUCAUUUUCUGAAACCAGUCCUGGAUGUCAGUUGCAAGGCAUAGCAUUUUUGUGUGAUCAUUGCUACAUUUCUCCAGUAUCCCAGUCUAUCUUUCAGAAGCAAUGCAGGAGGGGGUGGGGGUGGGGGGGAGAGGCACUAUUGUAGGGUGUUCUAUAUUUUCUUAGAACAAAACUAUGGUCAUUUUUCUGAUAUUUUUGAAUUUUAAAUGUCCUGAACACCCAUAAAAUAAUACUGAAAUACUUUAGAAAUCAUAGUAUAACAGAAAAACUGAAAUUCAUUCAGUCCAAUAAAUGUGAAAUGAAAUAAUUAUUUUACAAUUUGUUUGGCAAUCAGUUAAA